AGCAUGCUUGCUAUCUUUCGCGCCAGACGAGCGAUUUUCAUCAAGCCAAGGCUAUUGAAUGCUCCUUUUUGUUAAAACAGUAGCUUCAUAGAAGUUCUAAGACAAAGGCUCUCAGACCAUGGCGGAACCGAACCUCGCUCCCGGCACUGGCGGCGUCAGCGCCCAAGGCCAGGCGACGACCUCGCCGCCGCGUGGAUCACCUUUCACGCCCCUCACCCGUCUGCCAUCUACCGAUUCCAACCGCAGCCUUGGGCAGCAGAGCAACAAUAACUCCACCGCUGACAGCCCGGGCUCUGGCGCGGGCCUGGCGUUCUCGACGCCGAGCAUCAGUAGCAGUACUGCGACACCUGGUCGGCCGCGCGUGCUUCGACGAAAGGACUCGCAGUCCUCGAACGGUGGAGGCUCGGGGAGCUUCAGCCCUGGAGCGACAGGCCCAGGAGGACUAGGUCGCACAUCAUCUAUAUCAGCUCGUAGCGGCCUUGGUCUGCAUCCGCGCACGCGCUCGAGCGGCACAACAGGCGGGAACAACACACCCUCUUCCGGCCGGCACAUUUCACAUGGGGCCUAUGCGGCUUCGCGGCCUGCACCUCAGCCUGAUGCGGCGCAGCGCGAUCUUUUCAGCGCAGCUGUCGCGUCAUCCAACCUCGCCAGGUCGAGCGACGGGCUGCAGGCGCUUCUCAGGGACCACCCUGAAUUGAUCAGCAGCAGCUUGAAGGCCGCCGCAGGUACAGCGUUGAUGGAGCGCAGCGAGAGCAUCAGCGCACGCGCCAGCCAAAAGGGCAGCGAGCCAGGGACACCGCUGCUGGAAAGCGGGCGAGGCAGUGUGUGCAACAGCCUCAUCCUCGAAAACUCGGCCUUUCCAUCUGGCGCGUCUCCUGGAGGCAUGAACCUUGGUACCCCGGGUGCAAAGCCCGACUACAGCGAGCAGAAGAUCGUUGUUGCUAUGGUUGGACUGCCGGCCCGAGGGAAGAGUUAUCUUAGUAACAAACUGAUGCGAUAUCUCAAAUGGCUCGAGUACGAUGUCAAAGUGUUCAACGUAGGACAGAUGCGGCGAGCAUUAGCACGGACAAAGCUGCGAGAAUCUGGCAUCACCGAAGAUCACACGGCCUCGUUCUUCGAUCCUGCUAAUCCAGAGGCUUAUGCGCUACGGUCACAGAUGGCAUCCGAGUGCCUGGAGCAGCUGAUUAUAUGGCUCAAGGCCGGGGGGAACGUGGGGAUCCACGAUGCAACGAACACCACCAAAUCGCGACGCGAGGAGAUAGCCAAGCGCGUAGCGCAGGAGCCGAACCUCAAACUGGUCUUCCUUGAGAGCAUCUGCACCGACCCGGCGGUCAUCGCCGCGAAUAUCGCGGUCAAAGUUCGCAGCGGAGAUCCAGACUACGCCAACGUGUCACCCGAGGAGGCGAAAAAGGAUUUCUUGGCGCGGAUCAAGAAUUACGAAGAUGCUUAUCAGCCUGUCGAUGCGGACGGUAGCGAGAGUCAAUUGAGCUACUGCAAGAUCUUCGACGUCGGCCAGAACGUCGUCGUCAAUCAGAUUCGAGGGUAUCUCGAGUCGAGGAUCGCGUUUUAUUUGAUGAACCUGCACCUUACUCCACGUAAUAUCUUCUUUUCAAGGCAUGGAGAAUCUCAGUACAACGUCCAAGGGAAGAUUGGCGGUGAUAGCGACCUAUCCGAGCGAGGCUGGUCCUACGCGCGCGCUCUACCAGAUCUAAUCAAGGAUAAUAUCGGCGACGCCCCUCUCACUGUGUGGCACUCGACCCUCAAGCGGACUGCGCAAACGUCCUCCUUUUUGCCAUACAACAAGCUUGCGUGGAAGUCGCUGGAUGAGCUCGACGCUGGUGUCUGUGAUAGCAUGACGUACGAAGAGAUCGAGCAGUACUACCCCGAGGAUUAUGCCUCCCGCGACGAUGACAAAUUCAACUACCGGUACCGAGGCGGCGAGUCAUACCGCGACGUUGUCGUACGUCUCGAGCCCGUCAUCAUGGAGCUGGAACGACAAGAGAAUAUUCUCAUCAUUGGACACCAGGCGAUCCUGCGAUGUUUGUACGCCUACUUCCAUUCGCUCUCGCAAGAAGAACUGCCGUACAUCAAGAUACCUUUACACACUGUCAUCCAGCUGACGCCGAAAGCGUACGGAUGCGACGAGAAACGGUUCCGCUUGCCCAUCGACGCUGUCGACACACACCGACCCAAGCCGGUCAAGGUCAGCCAGGUGGCGCCGGGCACGCCGCCCUUGCUGCAGUCAAAGACUCCUUUGAUCCCGGACGAUAUACUUCAGGCGGCUACCAGCUUGCCGCCCAGUCAGCGCAAGCCGCAGUACGAAGAGCACCAGCUAUGAAGAGUGUUAGGAGAAAACGGGCGAAUUGCAUACACAGUCACCACCACUACUACUUCAUUGCAGCCCAUUAGAUCCGUGCAUUCACGUCGUCACCAGUACCUUGUGUAUCAUACAUUAUAGCAAGCAAGUGAGAAGCUUAUACCGC